AUGCCACAGCCGCCCGCGCAUCGAUCCCGUGGCUUCGCAAGCGAAUGGGAGCCAUUGCGAAGUCAUAGCGCUCUGCAGCUCGUGGAGUCGAGGAUCUCGGGACCAUUCAACUUCUUAAACCCUACCCGGGCGCAUUUUAAGCAUGUGCAGUCCAAAGACGAAGAUGAUGGCUCCAACGACGAAGUGGAGAACAAGGACGCUGGUCGUGAGAUGGCACAGCCAUCCAACAAGCAAGCGCCGGCCGCACAGGUCGAGUACCGCUGGACGUCGAGAAAUAAUCGCAAGGGAAGACAUCAACUCGUGACAACUCCCGCCAAGGAUCUAUCCGAAGCGAAGUACCUCGUCCCUGAGAAAACAAGUUCGCCGAGGAUUGUCCUGCGCACGAUCGGGAAGAUGCUGACACAUUAUCCGUAUUGGGAUAUCUCAUGGCUAGUUGCAUUCAUAUUUACCUGGGGAUCUAUCAUAUGGGUCAUCAAUGCCUUCUUUGUGUGGUUGCCGUUGGAGAAGCCAUCGACGGAAUUCAAAAAUGAAGUUCUCACAGGUGGUGGAAUCACGGCCUUUAUUGGCGCUACCGUCUUUGAAUUAGGCUCUAUUUUCCUAAUGCUGGAGGCUGUAAACGAAAAUCACGAGGGCUGCUUUGGCUGGGCCGUCAAAGAAGUAAUUGACGGCAGAAGGAAAAUCUUGGACCUCAGGCCAGGUCGUGACACUUGUACCCAUCAUCAUCCAAACAGGAAAAAUCUAUUUGGAAAAGGCUACACCAACAAUCAUAUGCGCUCUAGUGACGAAGAGAAUUCAGUCCCAACAAUGGCAAAUAAACGAAGUUGGACAUGGUGGCCAAGUUGGAACGAUUUGAAGACACAUUAUUUUCACGAGCUUGGCUUCCUCGCAUGCUCCGCACAGAUGUUCGGGGCUACGAUAUUCUGGAUUUCGGGGUUUACAGCUUUACCGGGCAUUUUGAAUCACUUGUCUCCCGGGCUUGAGAACGGUAUUUACUGGACGCCACAGGUCAUCGGCGGCAGUGGAUUCAUCGUUUCUGGCACGCUUUUCAUGAUCGAAACGCAAAAGAAGUGGUACAUGCCAGCGCUAGACACUCUGGGAUGGCACAUCGGCUUUUGGAAUUUAAUCGGAGGUGUCGGGUUUACUCUAUGUCCAGCCUUUGGUUACGACACCCGAAGCUGGGCGCAAUAUCAGGCUAGCUUAUCCACGUUCUGGGGUUCUUGGGCAUUCUUGAUCGGUAGUCUGAUCCAACUCUACGAGUCGCUUCAGAAAUAUCCGGUUGAAGUGGUGAAGAAUUUCAACGGAGGCCCUUCAGAUCUGCGAUUACAGGCUGAUCAGGAUCAGGGGGGGGAAAAGCAGGCAGCGACCUAA